GAUUUAGACUAAGUUCAAAAUUGACUCCAAACAAGCAAGCAGCCGUGUUUGGUUUUUCAUUUCUUCCAGAAGCAAGCAAGCAACUGUUCCCAUCACACACACGCCUACGUUUCUUUACUUCAACUCCCUUCUUUCUUUUUCUUCUAAUAAAUUAAGAUCUCAACUACAAUCUCAAUAUAUUGUUUUUUUUUUAGGAUUCGUUGAUUUGAGGAAAGUAAGUAUGGGUGAGAACCUAAGAAGGAAUGGAAGUGGGAGUUCCAGCUCAAGUUUGGGCAGCAGCUUUCAUGAGGAUACAGAAGAUGAUCAAACCAUUGCUAACAUGUUGGCUGAAGACGAAACUCUUCACGCUGGUAGCAGACAGCUCGGGAAGCGCCUUUCCCACUUAGAUUCCAUUCCGCAUGCUCCCCGUGUUAAUGGAGAGAUUCCUGAUGUCAAUGAUGCAACACUAGACCACGAGACGCUGUCAGAAAGGUUGGUUACAUAUGGCUUGUCAGAACUACAGAUGGAGGGUGAUGGGAAUUGCCAGUUUCGAGCUAUAGCUGAUCAGUUGUUCCAAAAUCCUGAUUACCACAAGUAUGUGAGGAGGCAGGUUGUUAAGCAGCUAAAGCAUCACAAAAAAUUGUAUGAGUCUUAUGUACCAAUGAAAUACAAAAGCUACAUCAAGCAGAUGAAAAAAUCAGGAGAGUGGGGAGAUCAUGUUACUCUACAAGCAGCGGCAGAUCGUUUUGAUGCCAAAAUUUGCUUGGUGACCUCUUUCAGAGACACUUGCUAUAUUGAGAUCCUUCCGACUAACAAAAGGCCCGCAAGAGAGUUGUGGCUAAGCUUUUGGAGUGAAGUUCACUAUAACUCAUUGUACACAAGCGGAGAUGUUCCUUCUAGAGUACCAAAGAAAAAGUAUUGGCUCUUCUAGAGAGAUGGCAGAUUACGAAAUCAUAUGAACAACUGAGUUUUAAACCUUAGUAUUCCCUUCCCUUUCUGGGGAAAACAGAUUAUGCAUAAUAUUUAGCAAACAAUCAUGUUUGUACAUAUUACAUUAUGUAAGCAUAGAUAAAACAUUAUGUAACUCUGAUUAAUUUAUCCUAACUUUCAUUGUACAGUCUGAUUUCCUGACAAGUAGAGUGCAAAAUUUAUUUAUCUC